GCACAUGGAGGAUCAAAUAUGGAACAGAAAACUUGUAUUCCUCUUUAUACAUUACUUCUUGCUCUUGGUAAUCCUACAGUUCAUUACUUUUCACUGGACAUAGAGGGGGCGGAAUUAAAGGUUUUGAAAGCUAUACCUUGGCAUCUGGUGGAUAUAUGGUUGGUAGGAAUAGAGACAAAUCAUAUCGGAGAAUUUGACAAUACAGAGACAAGACGAGAUUUACUGAACUAUAUGAUUAGCCAGGGGUACAAGCAUAUUGGUACUAUUGGCAUAGAUGAUAUUUUGAUCAAACCUGAUAAGGUUAAUGUAAGUGAUGAGAUGAUUACCUAUUUAAUUUCACUGCAGGAUAAAAGUCAAUAUCCUAAUGAACCGCAAAUCUAAACAUUUUUUUUUGUUAAAUGAUCUUAAAGGGACUGUCAGCCUAAUUAGCAUACCCAAUAUAACGAAAAGUCAAAGAAUCUGUAUAUUUCCUUUCUUAUUUCCACUGUAUACAUCAGCAAAUAAAAAUUAUAAAUUGUAAGAUGGAGAAACAAUGAUAUUCUUAUUGUUUUAAGCAUAAUAUUAAAGGGUUGUUUUAAGCAUAAUAUUAAAGGGAAUCCUCAAGCAAAUAAAUCGUUUGAAUUGUGGCAAAAUUCUCCAAUAAAACAUCUAUGUUAUAUAUGUUUGCAUUAUUUGAGAUAUUCACCAACUUGAUGCGUUUUUGAUGUUUUCUUGUUUUUUUAUUGUUUAAUUAUGAAUGUAAUAAAUAAUAAAUACCUAAUUCUA